GAGUAACUUACUACUUAAUAUACUACUUUAUUAAUGAUAUUUUAAUCCGCAGUGUUUGAUUCGCUUGAACCGUUCCGAAUUUCAGAAUUAUUCCCUGGUGAGCCGGGUGAUAUUUACACUGCAUCAAUCGUCCAUUUUCUAGUCUGUCUGUCUGUCACCCCUCUAUUAUGAGUAAAUGUGAAUUUGUUGUGCACUAUUUCCUCAGAUGUCAUUCAAGGACCGACAAUGAUUCAGCAGACGUGUCCACACAGGUGUGGUAUGCUGCUUUUGAUCCGUCUAAAAAGUCUUACUUGGUUGCCACUUGCGGUGGAAAUAAGGUCUGUGUUAUCGAUGUGAAGACUGGAGUGGUCCAGUAUAGAUGUAUAGUAUUAUAUAUUUAUAUAUUUAAGAGCUGUUUGAUAUUUUACUAUAGUCGUAAAAUCAACGAUUAA